AAUGGCCCUAAGUACAUACCUAGGCAGGUACCUGCAAUCUGCAUCAUAUCAUCGUCCUUACCAGUAACAUCAAACUGAAGCAUUGGUAUUCCUUGGUAUCUACCCUACAGAAUUACAAGCUGUGGACUCAUUGUUAAAACUGGUCAAAGCAUAUAUUGUUGUUGUUGUUCAUCUGUCACAGCGACAUACCUACCAUCGAACGUUGAACACCAAAAUCAACUCAUCCAACCCCGCUAAACGAUCUCAUCAUGGCGGACGAAGACAAGGCAAAAGCUGAGAAGCUUGCUGCGGCCAAGAAAAAGCUCGAGCAAAGAAAAAAGCAGAUGGCCAAGAAAGGGAAGCAACAAGACAAGGACAAGGAAGAAACAGCUGCCGCUGAGUCCAAGGCCGAGUCCGCUGCUGCGAGCACUGCUGCCGAUGAACCUGCAGUUGAAGAUGCACCUACCGAACCUCCACUCUCUCCUACCACCCAAAAUACGGCCUCCCUUUCGGAGCAGUCGAAAAUCCGCUCCUCCUCCUUCCGCCAAGGAGCCAUGUCACCCACCGGGUUCCCCCUAAGCCCAGACGGCGAAACAGCUCCUGACAUUUACCGGAAGCAGGUAGCGCGUAUAGAGGAUCUGGAGAAGGAGAACAAGCGACUUGCUAAGGAGGCCACUGACGUGGAAAAACGAUGGCAGAAAGCCGAGGAAGAGCUGGCUGACUUGCGGGAGGCCGAUAGAGAUGGUUCAGAUUCCCAAGUCGAGAAGCUGAAAUCUGAGAUUGAAGCUUUACAACGCCAGAACUCGCUACUUCAAUCUGCUGCCACGAAACGCCAUGGAUCGUCACCUUCGGUCUCCAUGGCUUCGCCUCCGGGCGAGCUUCAAGCUCAGCUUGAUUCGAAAUCCUCCACUAUUGAGACAAUGGAGCUAGAGAUCUCGCGCCUGCGUGCUCAGGCUGAACGACAGGCUUCCGCCGGGGGUACCGACCGCGAGCAGAUCACGGCUCUGGAAGAGAAGCUGGCGCGUGCGGAGCAGGCUGCCAUGAAGGCGCAGCGCGAGCUUGGUGACCUCAAGCGUAACCUGGAGCGUACAACCGAGCGCGCUGUCAAAGAAGGCAGCGAACGGACAAGUGCAGAGACAAAACUCCGAACCCUCGAGCGUGAAACCGAGCAGCUGAAGGAAGAGAAGGCAGAGUUGGAGAAGAAGGUGGAAGCUCUGGAAAAGAAAGUCACAGCCCUAGGUACUCUGCACAAGGAAAACGACAGCCGGUCCCAGGCCCUACGUAAAGAGAAAGAACGCGCAGAGAAGGAGGCUCAAGACGCGAAAUCCAAGAUCGACAAACUCGAGGCAGAAAACACACGCCUGCGCAAGAAGGACGCAGCUGAGGGCGGCGGCGAUGAUGACGGGGUCGACGAGCUAGAGAACGAGGAGCGACAACGAAUGGAGAAGAAGAUCCGCGACCUCGAAAGCGAGGUCUACGACCUCCGCCGCGGGAUCUGGCACCAGCGGCGCAAGGAGCUCGAGCCUGGCGCCGAAGACAACGAGCACCUCCAGGUCACCAGCCCCGGCGCCAACAACUUCACCAACAUCGACCUCGGCGGCGGGCCCCUGUCCGCGCGGAAGCUCAGCCACCACAGCAAGCCCGGCGGCGGCUUCGGCGACUUCUUCGCCAGCGGCAUCAACGCCCUCACCGGCGCCACGCCCCCCAUCGGCGACAAAGACGAUGACGGGCUGUUGCUCGACGACGAUGAUUUAGAGUUUGACGAGGAUGCGUUUAGGAGGGCGCAGGAGGAGGAGGGGAAGAGGAGAUUGGAGAGGAUCAAGGAUAUUAAGCGUGGGUUGAAGAACUGGGAGGGUUGGAGGCUCGAUUUGGUGGAUUUGAGGAGAGGGGGUGGCGGGUAUGGGGCUGGUGAGGUGUUUGAGGUUUAGAUAUAUAUACCUGUGGUGGUGGUGCGUGAGUGAAGAAGGAGGGAAUGAGGGAAUGGGUAGAAGGGAUAGGCAAAAACAAAGGGGCAAUGAGGAUUACCUAUGGGUUAUUUAGAAGGGAGGUAACGUAACUUGAUGAGUGUAGGAAUACAACACUACCGUACAUUACAUGACAGUAUGGAAUCAUUCUGAAAAUUUUCGCACUUUUGUUGUGGUCUUUUUUUUUUCCCCCUUUGAUGGAUGUGAUGGCUGUGAUGAGUAAGUGAGUGACAUGGCGUUUACUCGUCUAAUAUUGUAUAUAUUACAGCCCUACCUAUCCUCCUACCUACCUAGGUAGGUAUGUAUUCUCCUAGGUAUUUGUUCUGCUGCCCCAAGGCUUUCUAGAACUGUACUUGGCUGACAGCAUAAGGCGACACUUCGCAACACAUACAUAUGUAUUAUAUACCUAGUUAAUUGAGAAGAACGAGAUGAUACGGUUCAUUAUUUUCUUUUUCUCUUUUCUCUUUUCUCUUUUCUCUUUUCUCUUUUCUCUUU